AUGGACGAGGAAACCGCAGCUCUGAUCAUCCAGCUGCAGAUCGAAGACAGCCAGGAGCUUUCCGCCAUCUCUGAGGGCAAAGGCAAAGGAAAGGAGGGGGAUGUAUCGGACGCCGAGCUUGCAUUAGGUCUGUAUAACGAGGAUCUGCGACAGAGAGCUUCAAUCAUCCAAGACCGGCAGAUGACCAAGAGUAUUGCUCGUGCUUGCCAGACAGAUGGAAAUGCGCUCGCAGCCUCCCUGGCGGAAGAGCAGACCGCUGCAACCGAUCGUGGAGCUGCUGGCAGACUUGGCGGAGUGACAGCACCAGCCCCUGUUGAGCCGUGGACCAUCACUUCGGAGGAACUGGACGAAGAAUUGCUGGCAAAGCUGUCCGCUCUUUACGUUGAAUCCGCUACUGAAGAAUCGGGUCUCGAGAUCGCAGAGGCUGAAAGUUUGUCAGACGGCGAGCAUGACAACCCAGAAUCUUCGGAGUGGGCUGCUACGAGAACACCAUCAAAGACUCUUCAUCGGCGUUGUGUUGCUUGUCGAGAGCACGUGAAGUACUACGAUAUCGCCCGUGUUCCUUGCGGCCACGAGUACUGUAGAGACUGUCUUCGAGACCUGUUCCAGGCCUCAAUGACAGAUGAUUCUCUAUUUCCUCCCAAAUGCUGUCGCCAACCACUUGUCUCGGGCGGCGUGCGUAUCUUCUUGACCCCCGAACUCGUCAAGGAAUAUGAACGGAAGAAAAUCGAAUACGAUACUCCGAACCGAACAUACUGUUCUAAUCCCGUCUGCUCGUCCUUCAUCAAGUUGGGAGACAUCGCCAAUGAGCUGGCUACUUGUACGGAGUGCGGUACGAUCACUUGCACCAUGUGCAAAGCAGUUCAACAUACCGGGGACUGCCCGGCUGAUACUGCAUUGCAGCAAGUUCUCGAGGCAGCAGAAGAGAAUGGCUGGCAACGCUGCUAUUCAUGCCGCCGCUUAGUAGAGCUAGACGUUGGCUGCCACCACAUGACAUGCCCUUGCGGCGCGCAGUUCUGCUACGCCUGCGGCCUAAGCUGGAAAACCUGUCCAUGCCCCCAGUGGAGCGAAGAGCGCCUUUUCGCGCGCGCAACCCAGGUCGUGGCACGUCGACCCGCCCAUGCGAAUCCGCAGGCGCAGUUCGCCACAGCAGUGCAGAAUCUCCGGGACAGACACGAUUGCAACCAUCUUCUUUGGCUGUACGUGCGUGGUCGGCACCAGUGCGAGGAGUGCCGUCAGACGUUGCCGACGUACAUCUUUGAAUGUCGACAGUGCAAUAUCCAGGCUUGCAACAGGUGUAGACGGAAUAGGUUAUGA